CUGGUUACAACUACUUCAAGGAAACUGGACAGGGAGCAGCAAGUUGAGCACAUUCUUGAGAUCACAGUCAGUGACCACGGUGUUCCUGCCAGAUCCACCACUGUCCGCGUCAUCGUCCGAGUCCUGGACGAGAAUGACAAUAGGCCGAUGUUUUUGGAAAAGAUCUAUAAGAUCAAGCUCCCGGAGCGAGAGAGGCCGGAGAAAGAGAGAGCCAUGAAGAGAGACCCGGUGUAUCGGGUCAUAGCAUCAGACCGGGAUGAGGGACCGAACUCCGAGAUCUCUUACAGCAUCGAGGGGGGAGAUGAAAGCGGAAAGUUCUUCAUCGAACCCAAGACCGGCACGGUUUCCUCCAAGAAGUUCUCUUCUGCUGGAGAAUACAACAUUCUUACAAUUAAAGCCGUCGACAAUGGACGUCCUCAGAAAUCGUCCACUUGUCGUCUGCAUAUCGAGUGGAUUCCUAAACCACAAUUGCCCGCUGAUGCAGCUCCCCUGGUUUUCGAGGAGUCCCCCUUCACAUUCUCCGUAAUGGAAAGCGACCCCGUGGCCCACAUGGUGGGGGUGGUGGCCACAGAGUCCUCUGACGUCCCGGUGUGGUUCGAAAUCACAGACGGCAUAGAGGAUACUGAGAUGUUUUACAUCCUACAGAUGGCUUGUGACCACAACUGUACAGCAGAAGGUGGUAAUUAUGACAGUCGCUUUGACGUUGGCAAGGCCAGUGGAACCUUGAUUGUUGCACGGCCCUUGGACAGUGAGCCGAAAUCAAAUUACAACUUGACGGUGGAAGCCACGGAUGGGACACGAACUGUCAGCACCCAGGUGCUGAUCCGUGUCAUUGACACCAACAACCACCGACCACAGUUCUCUGAGAAGGUGUAUGAGGUGAAUGUCCCUGAAGACAAACCAGCAGGGACUGAGGUCCUGCAGGUCAGAGCUGUGGACAGAGACGAGAAGAACAAGCUAACCUUCACACUCCUGAGCAGCACCGACCCCUUCAGCCUGAGGAAGUUCCGACUAGACCCAGGAACGGGCACCCUCUUCACUACUGAGGAGCUGGAUCAUGAGACAAUGCAUCGUCACAUUCUCACCGUCAUGGUUCGAGACCAGGACAUCCCAGUAAAGAGGAACCUUGUGCGUGUUAUUGUCGACGUGGAUGACACCAAUGACAACGCACCCUGGUUUAUAGGCACACCUUACACCGGCCGUGUGUUUGAAUCUGCAGCCGUAGGUUCGGCUGUGCUCCAGGUCACGGCUCUUGACAAAGACAAGGGCUAUAACGCAGAGAUUGUCUACAGCAUUGAAUCAGGAAAUGUUGCAAACUCAUUUGCCAUCGACCCUGUUCUCGGGACAAUCAAGGUGUCCAAAGAGCUUGAUCGCAACAGCAAUAACCAGUUUGAACUCACCGUUAAGGCAUCUGAUAAUGGAAACCUUUCACUGUCAACAACCACCACUGUUAACAUUGCAGUAACAGUUUCUGAUAAUGCAGCCCCAAGAUUCACCGAAAAAGAGUUCUCUGCAGAAGUUAGUGAAUCAGUCAAUCCAGGAAGUUUUGUGAGCUUGGUAACAGCCGACAGCCAGUCCUCUGUUUUCUAUCAACUAAAAGGUGGCAACAUCAACAACGCAUUUGAUAUAAACCCUAACUCAGGAGUGAUUGUGACCCAGAAAGCUUUAGAUUAUGAGACCACCUCCCAAUACAAGCUCAUCAUACAGGGUACUAACAUGGCAGGACUUUCCAGCAACGCAACUCUUCUGAUUCACCUCAAGGAUGAAAAUGACAAUGCUCCUAUCUUUGUCCAGAAGGAAUUCAAAGGAUUAAUUAGCGAGUCUGCCCCCAUCAACAGUGUUGUCCUGACUCAUGAAAACACGCCUUUUGUGAUUAGGGCUUCUGAUGCUGAUUGCGACCGGAAUGCCAUGCUCAUAUACCAAAUUGUCGAACCUUUCGCACAUAACUAUUUUGCCAUUGACUCAAGCACCGGAGCUGUCCGAAUCACAACACCUUUGGAUUAUGAACAGAGGAGUGUCUUCCAGUUCACAGUCCAGGUCCAUGAUCUAGGAAUGCCACGCUUGUUUGCAGAGACAGCAGCCAACGUAACCAUUGAAGUAAUUGACAUAAAUGACUGUCCACCAUUUUUCAGCCAAGAACUGUACGAGACAACUGUCAAAGUGCCAACCUACAAAGGGGUGGAAGUCAUUAAAGUCAACCCCACAGACUCAGACUCUAAACUUAUUUUCUCCAUCUCAGAGGGAAAUAUUGGUGAUAAAUUUAAGAUAGAUCCAAUCACAGGCAUCAUUUCUAUUCAGAAUGUGACACAACUCAGGAGCAGAUAUGAAUUAAAAGUUAGGGUUUCCGAUGGUAGAUUUGCUGCUGUUGCUACAGUUAAGAUAAAUGUGAAGGAAAACAAGGAGAGUAAACUGAAGUUCACAAGGGAGUCCUUCAAAGCCUCCGUCCAAGAAAACUCUUCUCAGAAGAAAACACUAGCAGCCAUCGCUGUUGUUGGGAACCAGUUGAACGAGCCCUUGUUUUACAAGAUUUUGAACCCUGACAGCAGAUUUGAAAUCAGCCGCACAUCUGGGGUACUCUCAACCACUGGGAUUCCAUUUGAUCGCGAGGCACAGGACACAUUUGAAAUAGUUGUUGAGGUCACCAAAGAGGACACAUCUGAAGAUGGGGCUCACGUUCUAGUAACUGUGACAGUGGAAGAUUUAAAUGACAACAAACCUAUGUUUGUGAACCGACCCUAUCACGCCCUGGUCCAGAUGGACGCAGAGGAAGGCCAGGUCAUCCGACAAGUCACAGCAGUAGACAAAGACAUGGGCCCGAAUGCAGUCAUCCAUUAUUACCUGAAGGAACACCAAGAGCACUUUCAAAUUACCCCAUCUGGGGAAAUCUCCCUAAAAAAGAAAUUUGAGAAGGAUUUGCUCGAGACAGACUUUGUCGUUGUUGUUAUGGCAAAGGAUAAUGGAGAGGUACCACUCUCAACAGAAGUAGAAGUGCCAAUAACAGUGGUGAACAAAGCAAUGCCUGUGUUUGAGAAGCCUUUUUACAGCAUUGAAAUACCUGAAAACAUUCAAUUACACACACCUGUGCUUCACGUACAGGCCAAUGAUUCUGAAGGCCCUCGUAUUGUGUACACCAUUGCUGAAGGGGAUCCUUUCAAACAGUUCUCCAUUGAUUUCAACACAGGUGUAAUUCAUGUGAUUCAGCCACUGGACUUUGAAACACAUCCCGCCUAUAAGUUAAAUGUUAGGGCUACAGAUUCUCUGACUGGAGCGCACUCUGAAGUUUUUGUCGAUAUCAUACUGGAAGAUGUAAAUGACAACGCCCCUGUGUUCCUGUUGAAGUCUUACUAUGCCAGUAUUUCAGAGGCCUCUGUCAUUGGAACAUCUAUAUUGCAAGUUGAUGCCAAAGAUUAUGAUACUGGGAGUAACCAAGAAGUAUUCUUUCAACUAGUUGAAGAAAAGAGGAGGAGUUCAGAUUACUUUAUCAUUGACCGUGACACAGGAAUAAUCUCCACAGCUCAAGUUCUCGAUCAUGAGGAGAUCCAGCAGCACAAGUUGAGAGUCCGUGUUGUGGACGGCGGAGUUCCAGCCCUUUCUGGUGAUGUUAUUGUAACAAUAGAUGUUACUGACCUUAAUGACAAUGCUCCAAUAUUUACACAGCACACUUAUAACACUUCUAUAAGUGAACUGGCCCCACGUGGACAUUUUAUCACCCAAGUCCAGGCAUCGGAUGUUGAUAGCUCCGACUUAGAUAAGUUGGAGUUCUCCAUAUUAUCCGGAAAUGAUGAUCAGAACUUUUCCAUCGACAAACACACCGGCGCCAUUUUCAUUUCCAACCACCGUAGGCCACAUAUGCAGCCUCUCUACAACCUCAAUGUAUCAGUAUCAGACGGUGUAUUCAGAAACUCAGCCCUGGUCAUAGUAACAGUUACUGGAGCCAACCUUCACAACCCAACUUUCUCUCAGCUGGACUAUUUGGUAGAGCUUGUUGAAAACUCACCUAUUGGUACCUUGGUAGCAGAAGCAAAGGCAACAGAUGACGACGAAGGCAUAUACGGGCAAAUAACAUACCAGAUUGUCAAUGACUUUGCAAAAGACAAGUUCUCUAUCAAUGAAAACGGAGAGAUUUUCACUCUUGAGAGCCUUGAUCGUGAGAAUACCGUCGAAAAGGUUAUUCCUAUUUCUCUCACAGCUAAGGAUGGGGGUGGGAAAGUGAGCUUUUCUGUAGUCAAUGUCAUUCUCACAGACGUCAAUGACAAUGCCCCACAAUUCAGGGCAGCUGACUACAAAGCCACUAUUGCAUCAGAUGCCCCAAGGGGAACUUCUGUGGUUAAAAUUGCAGCUUCAGACAUGGAUGAGGGAAGCAAUGCUGACGUUGAGUAUUCAAUUGAAGCAGAUGUUGAAAACGUUGAGGAGAACUUUGAAAUUCACCCAACUUCUGGAGUCAUCAUAACCAAAGAGAGUCUCAUUGGACUUGAAAAUGAGCUCUAUGCAUUCUUUGUGAGGGCAAAGGAUACUGGAAAUCCAUCCAAAGAAUCUGUUGUACAGGUUUACAUCAGGAUUGUAGCACCAGAGACACAAAUUCCUAAAUUUGCGGAAGCACAAUACCGAUACACAAUUGCCGAAGACCUUCCCAUCGGUACAGAGAUCGAUGUUAUUCAGGCAGAAAGUAAGCAAACAGUCAUUUACAGCCUUGUGAAGGGUAACACUCCCGAGAGCAAUGAAGAUGAGGUAUUUGUUGUAGACAGAGACAGUGGGGCUUUGAAGCUUCAGAAAAGCCUAGACCAUGAGACCACCAAAUGGUACCAACUCACUUUGCUUUCCCAAACACAGCAUGAGAACUAUGAGAUUGUGUCGUCUGUAAAUGUUAACAUCCAGGUGAAAGACCUUAAUGACAACACACCUGUCUUUGAGGCAUAUCCUUACGAGGCUGUCAUUGUGGAAAACCUUCCAAGUGGAGCUCAAGUGAUCCAAGUCAAAGCCACUGACCAAGACUCUGGAACCAACAGCCAUGUUGUCUACAGCCUGGACUCAAAGCAGAAUUCGCAGGAGAUCUCCGAGCUGUUUGCUGUUAAUAGUGAAACUGGAUGGGUAACCACCUUAAAAGAGCUAGACCGUGAAAAGAUGAACAAAUACAUAAUUGCCGUCCUAGCCGCAGACCAAGGCGACAAAGUCCAACACUUUAACGGCACCAAAGUGGAGGUUACAGUCGCUGAUGUGAACGACAACCCACCACGCUUCACGGCAGAGAUCUACAAAGGAACAGUCAGUGAAGAUGACCCUCCUCCCAGUGGAGUGAUCGCCAUCCUCAGCACCACAGACGAUGAUUCUGAGGACAUCAAUAAACAAGUCAACUACUUCAUUACAGGAGGGGACCCACUUGGCCAAUUUGCUAUCGAACACAUCCAGAAUGAAUGGAAGGUCUCUGUCAGGAAGUCCUUGGACCGUGAAGAGAAGGAUAAUUAUCUCCUCAACAUUACUGCCAGUGAUGGCAUCUUUACCGCCAAAGCCAUUGUAGAGGUCAAGGUGCUGGAUGCAAAUGACAACAGUCCUGUUUGCGAAAAGUCACUAUACAGUGAGAGUGUCAGAGAGGACUCCCCUGCUGGCAGGCUCAUCUUGCAGGUCUCUGCUACAGAUGCUGACAUCCGCUCAAACGCCCAAAUCUCCUAUGAUCUGCAAGGAGUUGGAUCUGAAUUGUUUAACAUUGAUUCUGAUACAGGGGAGCUGAAGACUUUACAGCCCCUCGAUCGAGAGGAGCAGGUCGAGCACAGGUUCAGAGUGCGGGCGGUGGACGGAGGAGGGCGGUACUGUGAGGCAGACAUCCACAUCACUGUGGACGAUGUCAACGACAACACGCCUCAGUUCUCAUCUGAAACCUAUACCAUCACAGUCUUUGAGAACACAGAGACGGGCACAUUUGUGGCAAAACUGCUGGCAAAUGAUAUCGAUACUGGUCUUAACAGCGACAUCCUCUACUCAUUGGUCGAUUCCGCUGAAGGAUUCUUCUCAAUUGACGAGCACACCGGCGUUAUGAGCCUGGAGCGCCCCCUGGACCGAGAGGUGCAGUCCACAUACGAGCUGAAGGCCCGGGCCAGUGACCAGGGCUCCCCACGCCUGUCCUCUCUGUGCCACGUGCUGAUCUCCGUCCUGGACAUCAACGACAAUCCGCCAGUCUUUGAGCACCGUGAAUACAUGGCUACCCUGUCUGAGGACGUGACGGUGGGCACACAGGUGCUCAGAGUGCAGGCAGCGAGCCGGGACACGGAUGCUAACGGGGAGAUCUCUUACGGCAUCAUCAGCGGAAACGAGCACGGCAUGUUCAGCGUUGACCCUCGCACCGGUGAUGUCUUUGUGAUCGAGCCGCUGGACUACGAGGUCUCCCAUGAAUACUACAUCACUGUAGAGGCUACAGAUGGUGGCUCACCGCCGCUCAGCGACAUGGCCACUGUGAACAUCAACCUGACCGAUGUCAACGACAACACACCCGUGUUCAGCCAGGAGAUCUACACCGCCGUCGUCAGUGAGGACGCCGAGCUGGGGAAGACUGUGAUGGCGGUGAUGGCAGAAGAUGUCGACGGACCUUCUUUCAACCGCGUGCGCUACUUCAUCGUGGACGGUAACCAGGGCAGCCCCUUCACCAUCGAUCCGGUCAGAGGAGAGCUUAAAGUCGCUCGCCAGCUGGACAGAGAGCGAACCUCAGGGUUCACUCUGAUGGUGGUUGCCUCAGACAACGGGGCCAACCCUCUCUCCAGCAGCGCCAUGAUCAACAUCGACAUCUCAGACGUCAACGACAACCCACCGCUGUUCUCCCAGGCCAACUACAGCCUCAUCAUCCAGGAGAACCGACCAAAAGGCACAAGUGUUCUCCAGCUCACCGUAACCGAUCGGGACGCUUCCCACAACGGCCCACCUUUCACCUUCGCCAUCGUGGAUGGGAAUGAGGGCGAUGCUUUCCACAUCAAUCAGCAGGGAGCUUUAGUGGCCGUGGGAGCGCUGCAUAGGAAAAGUAAAGAACACUACCUACUGCAAGCUCAGGUGUCAGACAGUGGCAAACCUCAGCUCGUUUCCACCGCCUUCAUCACUGUGCGAAUAAUCGAGGAGAGCGUCUACCCUCCUGCCAUCCUUCCACUGGAUAUCUUUGUCACCACCGCGGGCGAUGAAUACCCCGGAGGUGUCCUGGGCAAGAUCCACGCCACCGACCAGGACAUCUACGACACCCUCUUCUACAGCCUCGCCCCUUCCUCCUCCUCAUCGGACGACAGUGGAGCCCUGUUUUCAGUGUCCGCCUCGGAUGGUAAAGUCAUCGCCCUGCGCCCCCUCGAUGUGGGUCACUACCCUCUCAACGUGACGGUGACCGACGGGCGCUUCACCACGGCGGCUGACGUCACCGUGCACGUCAGACAGGCCACACGUCAGGCUCUGGACAACUCUAUUGCCGUGCGCUUUGCUAAUAUCGCCCCUGAGGAAUUCAUCGGGGACUUCUGGCGUAACUUCCAGCGGGCACUGAGGAACAUCGCAGGGGUCCGGAGGAGUGAGGUGCAGCUGGUGAGCCUGCAGCCUUCAGAGAACGGAGACCUGGACGUGCUGUUGGCUUUAGAGAGGUCCGGCACCCCCUACCAAUCUCAGGAGGUGGUCUUCCGUAAGCUGAACUCCUCUGCGGCUGUGAUCGAGGAGAUGACGGGCGUUCGGAUCGUGCGGGUGGUGCAGAAGCUGUGCGCGGGGGUGGACUGCCCGUUAAGCUUCUGCGACGAGGUCAUCUCCCUGGACAAGAACACGAUGUCCACAUACAGCACGGCUCGUCUCAGCUUCGUCUCACCGAGACACCUGAGGACCGCCACCUGCCAGUGUGAAGGCGGCACAUGUCCCGUGGUGAACAACCUGUGUGAGAACAGCCCCUGUCCUGAGGGAAUGGAGUGUGUGGCAGAUCCUAAAGAAGCCGUGUACAGCUGUGUGUGUCCAGAGGGCAUAAAGGGCAAGUGCUCCGAUGGCAACUCCCUGACGUUCAGCGGCAGCGGCUAUGUGAAGUACCUUCUGAUGGAGAAUGAGAACAAGGAGCUGAUGAAACUCUCCCUGAGGAUCAGGACCUUCUCCACUCAUGCUACUGUCAUGUAUGCGAAAGGAACAGACUACAGCAUCCUCGAGAUUGUGAACGGCCGUCUGCAGUACAAGUUCGACUGCGGCAGUGGCCCCGGCCUGGUGUCUGUGCACAGCGCUCAGAUUAACGACGGGGAGUGGCACACUCUCACACUGGAGGUGGAUGGUAACUACGCCAAGCUGGUGCUGGACCGGGUGCACGCCGCCUCAGGCACAGCACCGGGCACCCUGAGGACCCUCAACCUCGACAACAGCAUUUAUUUCGGCGGGCAUGUACGCCAGCUGGCCUCGGCUCGCCACGGUCGCAGCCUGCCCGUCACCAACGGGCUGCGCGGCUGCAUGGAGGCCAUCAGCCUGAACGGCCAGGAGCUGCCUCUGAACACCAAGGCUCAGCGGGCCCACGCCGUGCUGGAGGACCUCGUGGACGUGAGCCCAGGCUGUGCCCUCGCACCUGCCGAGAGCUGCUCCAGCAACCCCUGCAGCAACGGGGGGGUCUGCGCCUCGCUGCCUAACGGAGGCUACUUCUGUAAGUGUCCUGCCUCCUUCAUGGGCACCCACUGUGAGAUCGGCCUGAGCCCCUGUGCCUCCAACCCCUGCCUGUACGGGGGCACCUGUGUUCCUCGAGCAGGCGACUUCUUCUGCCAGUGCAGAGGACAGUACUCAGGACAAAGGUGCCAGUUGGGGCCGUACUGCAGAGAUAACCCCUGUAAAAACAGCGGGAAGUGUAUCGACAGCCUGGACGGUCCAGUGUGUGAGUGUGAAGUCGGUUUCCAGGGAGAAAGGUGCCUGAGCGACGUUGACGAGUGCAUCAAGAACCUCUGCUCCAACGGGGGCCAGUGCCAGAACACAUACGGCUCGUACAAAUGCAACUGCUCGCUGGGAUUCAACGGACAGAUGUGCGAACUCCGCGCCGAGGUCCGCAAUGACUUCGUCUCCACUUCCUGGAACAUCGGUCUGGAGGAGGUGAUCGGCAUCGUGGUGUUUGUGUCCAGCAUCUUCAUCCUGGUCCUCCUCUUCAUCAUCAUCCGCAAGAAGGCCUGUCGCAGAAGGUCCAAGCACAACGACGACAACAAACAUCUGGCCAGUCCCAACAUGUCUCACUCCUUCCUACAGAGACCGUACUUUGACGUCAAACUCAACAAGAACAUCUACUCCGACAUCCCCCCCCAGGUCCCCGUGAGGCCCAUCUCCUACACUCCCAGCAUUCCAAGCGACUCGAGGAACAACCUGGACAGGAAUUCAUUCGAGGGCUCAGCCAUCCCGGAGCACCCUGAGUUCAGCACCUUCAACCCGGACACUGUGCACGGGCACCGCAAGACCGUGGCCGUGUGCAGCGUCGCCCCCAACCUUCCCCCCCCCCCUGGCUCCAACUCCGUCUCAGACAGCGACUCCAUCCAGAAGCCAAACUGGGACUAUGACUACGAUGCUAAAGUGGUGGACUUGGACCCGUGCCUGAGUAAGAAGCCUGCAGAGGACAGCGCCUGUCACGCCUACAACACCCGGGGCAGCAUGUCCGAGGUCCAGUCCCUCAGCUCCUUCCAGUCUGAGUCCUGCGAUGACAACGAGUUGUUUUUGGCUCAUGAUCUCAAGAACCCAAGAGGAUAUCACUGGGACACAUCUGAUUGGAUGCCAAGUGUCCAACUUCCUGGAAUCCAGGAGUUUCCACAGUAUGAGGUUGUGGAGUCGCCCGCCCCACUGUACAGCGACCCGAGUGCCAUGGACACCGACUACUAUCCCGGCGGCUUCGACAUCGAGAGCGACUUCCCUCCGCCGCCCGAGGACUACAACGCCAACGACGACCUGCCGCCGCCGCCUUUGCCAGAGUACAGCGACACGCUGAGGCCCAUGGGAAGAGAGUUAGACCCGUCUGCGAGCGGUCCGGGCAGCCCGGCCGGGGUCCGUCAGCGCCCGGCCCUGCCCCAGCUGUACAGCCUUAACCAGUACCUGCCGCAGCACGCCUACCCCGGCGAGGGGGGCGACAGCGAGGGCCACGGUGCCACCUCCACCUCAGGCAACACCACCCCGGCCUCCACCAUGGGCCCCGGCGGCUACAGAGGGGGCUACCCUUUAGGGUGUAGUCGGGACUUUGACUCGUCAGCUCUGGACAACAUGUCCCUGUCCCUGUACACGUCCACAGCCUCCUGCUCGGACAUGUCGGCGUGCUGCGAGGAGUCCGAGGCGAUGAUAAGCGACUACGAGAGCGGCGAUGAGGGCCACUUUGAGCGGCUGUCCAUCCCGGCGCUCGACUCCCAGCAGCACACUGAAGUCUGACACUGGAUCCAAACAAAAGUGCCUGAACCCACAGCUACACCUUAUGUUAACCCCUCACACACCAAACAUGCACAGUAUGUGUACACAGAAAACGCAACAUACACACAUACAUACAUUCAAACACACAAUGAAUUGAGUCUACACACGGGGGUUGUUGAGACUGGUUGUGAGGCCAAUCGGCUGAGAAGAUCUCAUGAAGCUAUCGGAGAGACUCUGUAGCAUCUUAACGUCGGAUCAGUCCAACUCCUGCCCUUUUACGUUGGCGGUGCCAUGCUUUAUGUAACUUUCAUCAUGCAGGAAGUGGAUUGGCUGAAGGGUCAGGAUAUGCAUCAUGAGAAAAAAAAAAAAAGAAUAAUUCACAAUAUCUCUGUUUCUAUAAAUUCAACCAAGCAAAAUGUUUUUCUACAAGUGCUCAUUUUCAAUGUAAAUUUAAAUGUACAGUUUUGAUUUCAAAGUUUACUAGGUUUUGUAGAUAUUCUAUGCUUUUAUUUUCAACAAAAAAGAGUUAAAUGGUGUGACAUUAUCAGCCUUACUGUGCUUACAUUCACAAAAAAGGAAAAGUUAAAAAAAGAGUGAGAAGAAAAGAGCGUGGCUUUUCCGAACACAGUGUACUCGUAAAUCUUAUUGUCUCCUGCUCAUUUCAAAAAGGGUCUUCAAUGAACGACUGCAUAUUCUUGUUGUUUUUAAUUUUGUUUGUCUGUACAUUUUGACUUUGGAACCUCUUUAUUUUUCCACCAAGAAAAUGGGACCCGAUAUAUUUAUAGUGCAGAGUUAUCCAUGAUGGACACGAGACUUUUUCAGGUGUCUAUGUGUGUGUGAGCAAUGCUAUGGUCUUGUUAAGGUUUUUAUUGAAUACUGCCACAAGCUCACGCUUUCCUACUGGCAAUAAAUUAUUCCUAAAAAAUA